AUGGUCUAUGCUUAUGUAUGUUGGAAAUAUAUUGGUGUUGUUGCUUUGGCUAGGAUGGCUUUUGUGUGGUUGCUUUUGCAUUAUAACAGUAAGGAUUUUGAUGUGAGGGUUGAAGACACUGACUUGUGUCACUUGAUGGGGUUGUAUGAGGAUAUAAUGGAGGAGUCAGCUAAGCAGAAUGUGUAUCUCCCUAAGGCAUUUAGGUUACUUGUCCAUAAUCCUUGGAGUAAUAGGAAAAUGGAGAUUGAGAGUGAUAUGGACUUGGAGAGGGUUUGGUCUUUUGGCAGGGGCACAGACACCAUUGAGAUGUGGGUGGAGGAAACAAACAAUCCUAGGAUAGUAUUUAGGGCAUAUGUUCAAUUAAGGGAACAAGCUGAGAAGGAAAAACUGGAGAAUAUAAGGAGAGUUCAAGAGAUUUUAAGGAACGAGCAGGAAGAGGAAGAAAGGAGGCAAAUAUGUGAGUACAUGAGGGUGUUUGAAACUGAGGGGGCUGAUGAAUGUUGUCCUGGUCCAUCUCAGCCUACUGCCUCACCUAGCAAACAACCUACAUCACCACCUACACCUACCAAACAACCUACACCACAAACACCUUCACCUAGCAAACAAUAUACACCACCACAUUCACCACUAAGAGCUCAUACACCACCUCCACCUCAGUCACCUCUAACACAACAAACACCACCUCCUUCACCUCCCAGAGACCCAACACUACCUCCUUCACCUCCUAGAGACCCAACACCACCUCCUUCACCUCCUAGAGACCCAACACUACCUCCUUCACCUCCUAGAGACCCAACACCACCUCCUUCACCUCCUAGAGACCAAACACCACCUUCUUCACCUCCUAGAGACCCAACACCACCUCUUUCACCUCCCACAGAACAAACACUACCUCCUUAG